AUGGGGACAGAGCAGCGGCGUUGCUCCUGCAGCGCAGCUCCGGUGUCUGGAAAGGUGAAGCUGGUGCUCAACAACAAGUAUCGGAUUCCUUCCUCCCUUCCCCCUGCUCUGCAGCAGUCCCUCAUUUCUGUUGGGACCCAGAAGGGGCUGCUCGUCCAAGCCAGGGAGGGGACAGUGACCAAACCAAAGCCUGGUGUGUGCACCCCUUCUUCCCAGCAGUGCAGUGCAGCUCUGCACAGCUCCCCAUGUGGAAUCCCCGGCUCAUGGUUCUGUCCUGCAGGUUCCCUGGCCUUCCUGGGGCUCUACCUGGUGUUUGGCUACGGUGCCUCAUUAGUCUGCAACCUCAUCGGCUUUGCCUACCCUGCGUAUGUCUCCAUUAAAGCCAUCGAGAGCUCCAACAAGGAGGAUGACACCACGUGGCUCACAUACUGGGUGGUUUACGGCGUCUUCAGCAUAGCCGAAUUCUUCUCUGACAUUUUCCUCUACUGGUUCCCCUUCUACUAUGCUGGGAAGUGCCUGUUCCUGGUGUGGUGCAUGGCCCCGGUGUCCUGGAAUGGCUCACAAGUGCUCUACCACAACGUCAUCCGGCCCUGCUUCCUCAAGCAUCACCGUGCUGUGGAUUCGGUGCUCGGCGACCUCAGCACCAAAGUACUGGAUGCAGCCUCUGCCAUCACCAGAGAAGCCCCCGGGGCCGCCGUGAAGCUGGCACAGGAAGCGAAAAGCAAAUGAGGCACCGGGACAAGGCCGGUCUGAGCCCGGCCCCCGCUCCCCGCUCCUCGGGCCGGUCCUCGGCUCGGCUCCCCCCACAAAAGUAAAACUGUUCCCGAUUCAU